AUGGCGAGCGACUCCGCGCGCGGCCUCGCCGCGUUCGGCGCCUUCGGCGUCUUCAGCGCCGCGUACGUGUACGCGAUGGCGCGCGCCGAGCGCGCGCGCGACGACAGGGAGCGCGUCCUCGUCCUCGUGAGCGGGGACGGCUUCACGUCCGCGUCGCUGGACGCCCCGAGCGCGCCCGCGACGUUCGUCGGGUGCGCGCUCGUGCGAGGCGUGAAGAUGUACAUCGACCCCAAGCUGAAAGGGUGCCGGGAGUACGUCGACCCGAAGGACGGGUCGCAGAGGGUGAAUCCAGCGCUCGUGUGCUCGGGCGACGACUUAGACGCGAACGUGUACGAGUGCUACGCCGUGGAGCCGUCCGCGGUGCUGCGCGCGCUGCGCGGCGAACCCCGCAUGCUCGGGCUCACGACGGACACCGUCCUCGUCGACCUCGACGCGUCGGAGACGUCCGCGAAGCUCUCGCGCCUGCUGAAACGCCGCGCGCAGGACGAACACCUCGCGAACGGCGGGACGCUAGCCACCGUGGACUACGACCGCGCGGCGCUGCUCACGUUCGUCGCGCACAGGAUCCCGAGAGGCGCGGUGCCCGCGGAGCCGGCGUACGCCAAGGAUGACGGCACGCGCGUCUUCGAGUGGACCGCGUGCGUCGGAGCAUUCGCGGAGGGCGUCGACGCCGUCGGAGAAGACGGCGACGGCGCCGCCAGAGAGAAGCACGCGCGGGCGCUGGAGAGGGCGACGCGGAGCGCGCAGAGGAACGGGAAGUGGCUGAACGAGAGCGAUCCGUACGGCGCCGGGCCCGGGACGUUGCGAUGCCGCGGCGUGACGACGCGAGACGCGGAGGCGCUGGCGGCGCCGGAGACGGAGGCGCGUCCCGAUAUCGACGCGCCGUUCCCCGCACGACCGCGCACGCGCGGCUGGGUGCACGCCGAUCCUCUAGGACUUUUCUUCCCGUCGCUUGUCUCCGCCCAUCACCCCUCGCUCACGAUCCCGACGUACCUCGACGCCUUUCGACUCCGCCACUGA